CCCUCUCUAGAUCUUUCUCUAUCUAUCAAUUUUUCUCUAGAUCAACUUCUCUAUAUAUAAAUCAAUUAAGCUAGCAUACGUCAUGUCCGGCAGGAGGGUUUCAAGACAGUCGUCAUCAAGCGGCGGCGGCGGCGGAGGAAGCAGCGGCAGCUCAUCAAGCAGCAGGAUAACCGACGAUGAAAUGAUAAACCUAAUUUCCAAAUUGCAGCAACUUCUCCCUGAGAUCCCAACGUCUAACACUCGCACUAAUCGCCGCACUAAUCAUGCAAAGGCAUCUGCUUCAAAGGUGCUACAAGAAACAUGCAAUUACAUCAAGAACUUGCACAGAGAAGUAGACGAUUUGAGCGAUAGGCUUUCUCAGCUUUUGUCGACAAUCGACGCCGACAGCACUGAGGCAGCCAUUAUCAGGAGUUUGAUCGAAUGAAUAUUUAUUAAUUAAUUAUUAUUAUUAUUAUAGAUUUAUCGAAUCUUUAAUGAGAUCGUUUAAGUACCUAAGCUAGCUAUCUAGGGUUUGGCAUAUAUGCAUUAACUUGGCCAAACAAGGAGUAGAAAUAUAUAUAUACUAUAGGUAAUUUGGGUAUAUGCAUGUAUCAUGUGUAGUAAUUAUUGUGUACUAUAUAGGCAUGCAUACAUUAUUAAUAUUUACUUUUUACUUUUACUUGUCAUGUUAUUGUUGGCCU